UAUUGCAACAAAGACACAAUGGCACCCCCAUUUGUUAAAAAAUGGCAUGUGAAAGGUGCAAAAACAAUUGUCAAAAAAUAUAUUCGUAGCUUUAAACACAUAAUUUAUCGAAAUAAUUUGAAACAAAUGUGAAACUUUCAACGUCAACAGUUGAAUUUUAUCUACGUUAUCUUGAAUGUAAUUUUUUGAAAUCAUCAAGUGCCACAUAUCAUAAAUUCGGGUUUAUUUCUUAUUCUAAGACGAACAUAUUAACAUAUUUUACAACAAAGUGGAAAGGCUGUCCACACGUAUCUGCAUAUCUUACUCUGAACUAGAUACCCAGCCGUGAACUGUGUUGUCACUCAUUAAACGCUUUUAUGUUCUUGUUUUGCUACACGAAAUAUUUGUUUCGUACCUAGGAAUCUUUUUAUAGGGGUUCUUAAUCACCUCUAUCUGAAUCUUCUUUGGCUAGGUUUAUCACUCUCCUCUUUAUCGUGAGAACUUAUAAGAAGCUAAGCUUGACAGUUUGUCUUGUCGUUGGGUUAACGAUUCCACUUCCAAUGGAUUGGGAUUAGAUCUGUAGUAUGUACUGCUGAUGGUUUUGCGUCGGGGUCCACGUUCAGCUUGAUGGGUGUACCAUACAUUGUAGGGAGCUUCUGGUGGGUGCAUUUGUUGUGCUAACUGGUGUAGUCGGUGUGUUGGCUGGUGUAGUCAGUGUGCUGACUGAUGUGGUUGGUGUAUCUGUGAAGGCAUUGAUUGAUGGGAAAUCUUUAGGAUAAUCUCUGACUUAUUUCGACUUGUCAGAGAAGCUUGGGAGAAACCCACAAUUACGUUUGGACGAAAAGUGGCAUAACACAUGUUCGCAGGACAGACAACUCAACAACCAUAACAAUCCUAUCCUGUGAAGAUAUAAAUGAACAUUCAUCAGAGUGAACUUCGUACAGGUACCUUUGUGCAUUUCUCUAUAACUAAAUUUUUAAUUAAAAAAAUUUCUUGUCUUUUGCACUUAAUCUUCACCUUUUAUAAAAGUUAUAUAGACCAAUAUGAGUGUUCAAAGCAAUAAUAUUGAAAAUGUUGUCUGUCCUGUCUGUAAUCUGAUUAGUUUAGAUAAUUGCAUUUUCUGUGACUAUUGCCAAAGUUGAAUACAUGCCUCGUGCUCCAAGAUUUCAAAAAGAGUUCUUUUGUCCAUCUCACAAAAUAAUGAUCCCUGGUUUUGCCACAUGUGCCUGAUAAAAAGAUGCCUUUCCAGACUAUAACUAACUUACAAGUUAAUUCUCUAUGUUUUAACUCUAAUGAAUGCCAUACAGCUAAUAUAUGUAAUAUUUGUAAUAAACAUAUCGCUAUUGAUAAUAACAGAAAAAUUUUUUUGUGAACUUGAAUGUGUGAACUGAAAUGUGUGAACUUGAACAAAAAAAGCUUAAAACCAUAAAUGGUAAAACGUGGUCUUGUACAGAUUGUGAUAUAAUUCCAUUUAAAGAUAUUAACAACCUUGAUAUGACGAAAAACAUUAAUUAUAAUUCUCUAAAUGACUUUUCCUGUCAUAAAAACAUUCUUGAAGUAUCUACAUCAUUUGGUGACUUAAAAGGCUUGCCUGAACUGCAGUUGGAUUUUUCACAAAACGUGGGAGAUAACAAGGAUGCACCAGUGCUAGAUUUUGAUUAUUAUACUCUUCAAGAAUUUCGUAGGUUGGUUAAAAAUAUGCAAGAUGAUAAAUGUAGCUUGUCCAUCUUGCAUACUAAUAUAAGAUAUCCUACCAAAAAAAUUUUCCUCUUCUUCAUGUUGAAUAAUAUUUGUUAUGGUUCAGAAGAUAUAUUUACUUCACAAUGUACAUACAUAAAUGUUUACAGUCAGCUUAUAUAUAGUCUUUACAUGGAACUUGCUAGAAAAUACUAGUAUACAAGAAAAAAUGUUCAAGAAUGUUCUGGAAUGUUCCGUAAUGUUCCAGUAAAUAUCUGACUAGAGUGUCUGUAAUUUCAAUACUCCUCCUCACUCGCUGUCAGAUAGUUCGUAAAUACCACUCCUUUCGCGUAGUUCAUUAAAUUGAACACGACCCAAUCCUUUUGUCAAUACGUCCGCAACCAUGUCCUCGCUCGGACAGUACACCAACAUGAUCUUCUUAUUCGUAAUCUGUUCUCGUAUGUAGUGAUGCUUAAUGUCAAUAUGUUUUGUACGUCCAUGAAACUUUGGAUUUCUCGCCAUACAAAUUGUUGACUGAUUGUCUUCGUAGAUCAAAGUUGGCUCGUCUGAUUUCUCGUUCAUGUCAUUAAGAAUUCGUCUCAACCAAAUAGAUUCCUGUGCUGCACUUGACAAUGACCAGAUGUUGA